GCCACCUGGUUGAUGGUUUUAACCUUCAGAGUUACAAAAGGAGUGUUUUUGGUUGAUGGCAGUGACAUUGGUUUACUCAAGCAGGAAUAAGAUUAGGACAACCCCAGGGAGUUUGGGAUAGGAUGGGGUAUGGCGAAAGCAGAAAGAAUGGUUUAAUGCUUUAGCCUGACAAACCUUUGUCCUAUGACCUUCAAGAGGAAAUGCACACAGCAGGGAGUGGGGAAGCAGCAAAAUUCACAGCCAUAAAGUUACAGAGGUCCUUCCCAUAUGCCCUUGGGCAUAUGUGACCAGUCAUCAGCAGUUCACUUAAAGGUCAUUGUUAAUGGUGGUCAUAUUGGCAAAGCACUAGGAGUGAAGGAUGCAAGUGGCCAAUGUAUUUGUACCAUGCAGCUGACCGAUGUCAUCUUCCCUGCGGGAAAGGUGGAGAAAUUGGAGAGUGACUUUUUCAAUUUGACUAACCGACUGCAGGACAUUCUGAACGAGAUUUAUAAUGACAAAAAUAACUUGACUAAUAUUAUAUCCAACUUAACUGACAUGACGAAACGCAUAAAAUAUGCCAAGACAUUUGGCACCCACGUUGACCUGGACUUCCAGAAGAUUAUCAAUGACCUUCAUACAGUGGUGACAAUAGCAAACAUUAUAAAAAAGAAUGCAACCACUGAGACCACUAAGGACAUGAUAAGCAACUUGACUAAACAGAUUGUUGAUAUCCAAACUGUAGUAGCAACAAUGGAAUCACAUGACAAGAACAAUAUACUAGCAGUACAACGUGAGCUCAUUGCUCUCCGGGAAAAAUUACAAGAAUGUGAGGAAGCAAUUGCCAAAGGUGCUGGUGCUCCCAAUGUGACAAGGACACUACCGAUUGGGAAAUGCAACCAUGAUGGAUUACUGAAGGUCAGUGAUCCAGUUCUGGUGAAGCUCAACUGGAAAGGUUCUGAUUUCAAAGCGGGAUCCUGGGGAAAAGAUUUUGCCAUUGGGACCAAAUCACCAGAUCAUUACUGGGUUUUCCCACUCAACAAAGAUGAACGUACUCUGGAGAAUUAUCGUCUGUACUCUUCGUAUAAGAAAUUAUUACUUUAUUCUCCUGUCCGAGAGUAUAGCCUUAACAUUAGUAAUGAUCCAAAGUGUCCAGAUUGUGGACAAGGGGCUGGGGUGGUUUUUUUCAAUGGUUCCUUUUAUUACAACUGUUUUGAUAGCAGGGCUUUGUGCAAGGCUGAUCCAUUUAGCAUGCGGAUUUCACGUGCAAAUAUAGAAGACCAGGACCCUGCUUCUUUCAAUAACUGGUUUUCCUAUAAGGGAGUGAAAUAUCAGGACAUAGACUUGGCUGGAGAUGAAAAGGGGCUGUGGAUGGUUCAUGGCUCCACACUAUCCAAUGGGAAAUUGGUAAUUAGGAAAGUACACCCUGACACCUUGACAGUGGGGACACCUUGGACAACUUCGCAGAGUAAAGAUAUGGCCAGUAAUAGCUUUAUGAUCUGUGGUGUCUUGUAUGCCACCAAGAGAAAGAAUUCAACUCACGAGGAGAUAUAUUUCAUGUAUGACACCAACACAUCUCAGGAACGCAACAUCAAAAUCUUUAUGGAGAAGCCUCUUCCUACAGUGCAGAGUUUGAAUUAUAAUCCCAAUGACCAGAGGCUUUACAUGUACAAUGAUGGCUAUUUAGUUUAUUACAAUCUCACAUUCAUGACCCGCACACCAAAGAAGAUAGGAGAUGUUCCUGCUACUGAGCAACAUCAGGCUUUAGAUGCUGAAGGACAGAAAAGUCUGGUAAAAAGGGAAUCACAGGGUAUUGCAAGUAAGGAUCAGCCAAAUUCAGACAGUAACCAGCAGCAAGAACCUGUUUCGGUUACUGUUGUAAGACGAGAAACCAUGAGAGAAGGGGGGCAUAUUGUUGCUAGUCAGUGAGACUCCGGUGUUUUAUGAGGGAAGAUAGAACAGUGAGCAAUAAUGAUGACAUAACUGUUAAUGAGACUGAAAAAUCCUCUGGCCAAAAUUCAGUAGGUAGGAUUGUGCUAAGGGAGGAACGUUUCCCUGUCAUCUCCCAUUUACCCCAAAACUGUCUCCAGAAGGUUGAGAAUCCUGCCAGUGCUUGUUUUUGAGCAAUGUGAGGAUGGGAAAGGAUGGAUAUUCCAUCACACUGAUGAUUGUGGUAAAAUAACACUGGAUACAAGUCUUUGUAAAUAAUAUUUUUUUCUAAGUAGAUAUCCUGAAAAGGAAGGGUGUUGACCUUCUCUAAUAUGACCAUAGUUAACUGUAAAAAAUAAAUGCAGCACUUUCUACAUGCAUAUUUAUGGAUAUCUCUCUAUAGCACUCUUAGGUUCACUAUGAGUAUGCUUCAGAUAUUGAGUC